AUGGAAUCGGAUAUUGCAGACAUGUGUGAACAGCUUCCCCUCACCGAACAUGAAGAAGAUGCAUUAGUGGUUGCUGAAGCGGAGGUACAGACUCCCCAACGCAAUGCUAAAUGUCUGCUUUUCAAACUUCUAUCUACCAAACACUUCAACAAAGAGGCCUUCAAGAACAGCAUGACGCGUCUAUGGCGCCCAAAUAAAACCUUGAGGAUUCAAGAUAUUUCUCCAAACCUCUUUCUAGCAGAAUUUGAUGAUAACCGGGAUAAGGAACGUGUCCAGCGUGAAGGUCCAUGGAUUUUUGACAAACAUUUGGUCUUAACCAAAGAUGUUAAUGGUCUAGAGCAAAAUCAUUGA